AUGAACACAAGACCAACAACAGCCAAAACUUCCAAGAGUGGCAAAGAACCGAUUGUUGUGCAAGAUGAGGGCUUCUUCCAACAUGAUACUGGAGACACUUACAAUGGCUUCUAUGAAGAAAACAAAAAGACUGGAGCGGUCAAAAUGCAUGGUUACGGUGAAUACACCACGGCUGUAGGUGACAAAUACCUUGGCAUCUGGGAGGCAGACAACCUCACCAAUGACGUUACAAUCACCUACGCUGACGGCUCCAAAUUCGAGGGUAGACUAAACAACUUUGCUUAUGAUGGCAUCGGAGUCUACACAUACCCUGAUGGCUGCGUUCUACAGGCGAACUUCGAAGACAACACACCAAAAGGACUUCUGACUCUGGUGGAUCCAAACGGGCACAAAUGGUGGGGGUUGUCAGAACGGGGCUACGCCUGGUUUGAACCCGUCAAUUAUUAUUAUGACAUGCUCCCAAAAACCUGUGAAAGUCAUAAAAAAAUCCGUAAAAAUAGGCCUUGAAUUGAGAUGUUUUAAUUAUAACUUGU